GUGCAACAUUUCCCGUCUGUGGAAUGGGUGAAUGGAUACAAGACCAAAUCAAAGGUACAAAGGUACAUGCCCAACCAACAUUCACCCAUAGGGCUGGGAAAGGUGAAUGCUCUUGAAGGUUUGCAUGCCUGGCACCAGGUUCAGUCCACUUUCUCUGUUGUGCAAGGAAUCAUAUACAAGGGCCGUAGAUGCCAUUACGUACAGGGAGGAUAUGGGGAAGUUGAAGCUUGAACGAGGAUCGUGAAGAUGGAAGGACUGUCUCAAAUGACAGAGCGCUUGCUAGAAUGGCCUCAAGAGGUGCUUCCUUUGUUCACGCUUCAGUUCAUGAUUACAUAGCACUGCUCGCUUUGCUCCUGAAAGUCUCUGGGCCAACUGGAACCGUAAAGAUCGCAUGUUCGAUGCCACAUUGUGCGCAGUCACAACUACCUGAAGCCCGUUUGCAAUCCAUGGAAGUCUCUCACGAACUCUGCCUUCUUUGGGGCCACGGUGAAUGGUACUUUCCACUUGCUUGUUCAAAGCGGUCAUCGUAGCAGUCAGUUAUCACAGAGAACUA